GCAUAAUAAACAUUUCAAAAAUCGACCUUUGAUAAAUUUUCAUCAACUAAAAUGCCCGAAUAUAAGUACAUAAACAGGUCCUAUUUACUGACGACCUUAUUCUUCUCGCUGCUGUGCAGCAUAUGCCUGAUAAUAUGCGGAACAGUUACUUGGCAAACGACAAUUCUGGAAGAAGCCUUAUCGGAAACCAAAAUGUGGCAAAGAAAUCUAGGCCUCCUCAUAUGCCUACUGGCGAUAGUAGGGGCGAUUUCCUUCGAAUCGGGCAGCAGAGGACUGAGCUGGCUGUAUGUAUUCUGCACGAUAGCAUUGGCUUUAGUGGCCUUCGUGCACGCCAAAACAGACACCGACGAGGGCGAGGAAACCUUCCUGAAGACCCAGUUAUUAUUGAAACGUUACUUCAAAAACUACGAACAUAAAAACUUCACCAAAAUAGUCAUCAACUUUCAAACGCGGAUGCGUUGUUGCGGGCUGCACGACAAGAAAGAAAUGGCCAGAGGAGAACAAUGCACGUACAUACAAGGAUGUUGUCAUUGGAAAGUCUCCAAUUGCACAGACGAGGACGUUUACGAAGAGCCUUGUUUCGAUAAAGCUGAACACGUUAUUUACUUGUUGAGAUUAUGCGCAGCAUUAGCUAUUAUUACUGGUGUCGUACAAUUGCUAGUGCUGCUGGUGCUGUUUUUCGGGGGUAUAAAAUACGUGUACCAUUUAAUGUUUCCUCCUGGAGGUCCAAUUAUCGACAAUAAAUGAUAUUCUUUAAAGCAAAUAGAUUUAAAUUAAUAGAUCUUUAUUAAUUACUUCUUAAUAUUUCUCAUGCGUAAUUCGUGUAGAAGGAACGCCUUCAAGUUUGGGUCGUCUACAGUCUUUUCGAUUUCUUCAAUUGCUUUUGCGCCGCCAUCCUGGUAGUAAUCGCAAAGUUUCUCUGCGUACUCAAUCCACACGCAAUUAGCACAUCCUGACAUACAACAAGUGCUCGGAGCUUCGGGAAGUACUUUACGUUUCACUUUUUUAUCUUCUUUCGAACUAUUAUCAUCUUUGCUAUUGCUGGAUUUGGAGCAGUAAAAAUGCAAGAUUUGUUGAUUUUUUAUCGUUCUUAAACAACGAGUUAAAUUAUUUGCC